CUGGGCAUCUCCCUGGCUGCACUCCUGGGCAACGGCCUCAUCAUCAUCACCACAGCCUGCGACCAGCACCUCCACACCCCCAUGUACUUCUUCCUGCUCAACCUCUCCCUCCUGGACCUGGGCGCCAUCUCCACCACUGUCCCCAGAUCAAUGGCCAAUUCCCUCUGGGACACCAGGGCCAUCUCCUACACAGGUUGUGUUGCACACGUCUUCUUCUUUCUCUUUUUUAUUUUAGCAGAGUAUUUUCUUCUCACUGUCAUGUCCUAUGACCGCUACGUGGCCAUCUGCAAGCCCCUGCACUAUGGGACCCUCCUGGGCAGCAGAGCUUGUGUCCUCAUGGCAGCAGCUGCCUGGGGCACUGGGUUUCUCUAUGCUCUGCUGCACACAGCCAAUACAUUUUCACUCCCCCUCUGCCGAGGCAAUGCUGUGGAGCAGUUCUUCUGUGAAAUCCCCCAGAUCCUCAAGCUCUCCUGCUCACACUCCUACCUCAGGGAAGUUGGUCUUGUUGUGGUUGGUGCCUGUUUAUUCUUUGGGUGUUUUGCUUUCAUUGUGGGGUCCUAUGUGCAGAUCUUCAGGGCCGUGCUGAGGAUCCCCUCUGAGCAGGGACGCCACAAAGCCUUUUCCACAUGCUUCCCUCACCUGGCUGUAGUCUCCCUGUUUGUCAGCACUGGCACAUCUGGUUAUGCAGUUCUUUACUCGGUGGUGCUUCCAGCAGUGAACCCCCUCAUCUACAGCCUGAGGAACCAGGAGCUCAGGGAUGCUUUGGUGAUCUCUGGACUGAAGAAACAGAUGAUGUAG